AUGGGGAGCGGGUAUGAUGCCGCAGAGCCGAUUGCCAUCAUUGGUAUGGCAAUGAGGUUUCCUGGAGGAUCUCAUAGCUCUGGGAGCUUCUGGGAUAUGAUAUCGAAAGGCCGAUCAGCACAUUCAGCGAUACCCAAGGAGAGAUUCGACGCUGCUGGUUACUACCAUCCAGAUGGAGCUCGGGCAGGCUCCAUCAACAUCAAAGGUGGCUAUUUUUUAGACGACAGUCCUCAGAAAUUCGAUGCGCCAUUCUUUUCGAUGACAGCAAACGAGGCCAACGGCACUGACCCUCAACAUAUGCUCAUGUUGGAGGUUGCGUAUGAAGCAUUCGAAAAUGCCGGUAUUCCCAUACAUACCGUUGUCAAAAGCCAAACGAGUGUCCAUGUGGGCUGCUUCACCAAAGACUACGAGAGCAUGGGGGGCCGAGACCCCUACGGUGGGCCAUUCUAUGCCGCGACUGGUAAUGGCCAGAGUAUGUUAUCCAAUAGAGUGUCUUGGUUCUACGACCUUCAGGGACCUAGUAUGACCAUCGAUACUGCCUGUUCCUCAAGUCUGUAUGCCCUUCACUUGGCAUGCCAGUCACUGAAGACUGGUGAGAGUUCUAUGGCUCUUGUUGGAGGCACAAACCUCAUUUGUGAUCCCAGCUAUAUGCGCGACAUGUGCACAAUGACAUUCUUCAGUCCUGACGGAAGAUGCCAUAGCUUUGACCAUCGCGCAAACGGCUAUGCUCGAGGCGACGGUAUUGGAGGUGUAAUCCUCUGA